AUGAUAAUUAUAAUAUUGUAAGUCAUUAAUAUAUUAAGUUUUAAAUAUUUUGUAUGUUUCACUCCAUUUAAUUUCUUAUAAAACAUUUAACAUAUCAAGAUGGGAAGAGGUCAAAGCCUAUAAAGCAGGAGAACUUAAAACCAUGGCGAAAGACUAAAAGCUGGAAUGAACAGUAUCUAAAUGAGCUAACUGAGGAUAUUGUAUCCUUCAAACCAAUUCCUGACUUGAAAGUGACAGAUGCCCGGAUUUUGAUUAUUGGUCCAGUUGGUGCAGGAAAGUCGAGUUUUUUCAACACUAUCAAUUCAAUCUUUCGAGGUCGAAUUACACAGAAGGCGCGUAGUGGUAGCGCAGAGCAAAGCCUUACGACUGCUUACACCCCAUACAAGGUAAAGGUCAAGUCGGGGGCACCACUGAACUUCCGGUUAUGUGACACACGUGGUUUAGAAGAGUCCCAGGGUCUGGAUGUAGUCGAGUGUAACUAUUUGCUGGAUGGUAAUAUGCCAAAUUAUUAUCAGUUUCUGUUUUAAGUUUCAUCCAACCAUACAAAUAACACUAAAAGCGCCAGGUUUCAAUGCAAAUCCUACCGCGAAUGACGUCAUACACUGUGCAGUUUUCGUUUUAGACGCAACCACAUUGGAGAUCUUAACACCAAAAAUUAUAGAAAAAAUAAAAGCAUUUCAAAGGAUUAUGCAUCAAAAAGAAAUACCACAACUUAUCCUUCUGACAAAGGUAGAUAAACUCUGUAAAGAAGUCGGAGAAGAUGUGUCAUUGGUCUUUAAGAGUCCGGAAGUGGAGCAACACGUGGAAAAGGCCUCGCAACUCCUCGGACUACCACCUGCAAACGUUCUUCCCGUAAAGAAUUACCACAAUGAAGUAGAGCUCGAUGAAAGCAUUAGUAUACUGGCAUUGUUGGCGUUGCGCCAAAUUUUGAAUUUUUCCGAAGAUUUUCUGGACCAUAUGUUGGAUAAAAAAGAGGACGAAGAAAAAGGGAUGGAAAAACUUAAAUCUGAAAACUAAGAGACUCGUGAUUGGACCUUAAAGGUUCCAUAAUAACGCUGUGUGGACGCAUCUACGGAUGUUUUAAAUUAAAAAAAUACCAUUUGUAUUCCUAAAUAUUGAAUUGUGCUGAAGCCGGUACCAGUACCGUCCAUGAACAGGCUCAAUUUAACCAAGCCUGUAGCACUUUCAAUUUUGCCGUUUUGGACGUUCUUAAGGAGGCAAAUAAAAAAUUCAAUGUAAUUACAAUAAUUUAAGAACACUAAACAGCAGCUACAUCUGUAUUUUGAAACAUAUGGAUUUUCAAGGUUUAAAGAAAUGUUAAAAUUUGCCAAGCAAAAUUCUAAAAGUUACAAAUUCUUUGUUGAUUUCCAAGCACUGGAAAUGGGGCUUUUGAUAAGCGACCUAUAUUUUUGGAUUCGUUUCUUCAGUUAAUUUCGUUAAUGGAUGUGACCCUUUUAAAUACAUUUACCUAUAUUAUCCAUAAUUUUACCGUUUCACUAUUAAUGACUUUCUAAUGAAAUCAUUAUAAUAUAAUA